AAAAAAAAGCAAAUAAAAAGAGAAAAAGGGCGGCAACAAAUAGUCUAUCCAAAUGCUCUCCCUCCAUUUGGGUGUGAAAUUGAAAAGAAAAGAUUAGGAUGGCGUUAAGCACCUCAUCUUCAGUGGUGCCGCAACUCCAACACCAACACCACUUUCUUCUCUCUUCCGCCGCAUUCAUCUCUCGCUCUUCUCUUUCUCUCUCCUCCAAUGCCGUCCGUCUCUCUCUUCUUCCACUUCGCUCGAAGAAUCGCACCACCUUCUCAUCAUCAUCAUCAUCAGUAGUAAAAGCAUCCGCAAAUUCUUUUGUUGCAUUAAUUUUUGAUUGCGACGGAGUAAUUUUAGAGUCUGAAGACUUGCAUCGUCAAGCUUACAAUGAUGCCUUCGCUUUCUUCAAUGUUCGUUGCCCUUCUUCUUCUUCGGAUAAAGCUCUUGAUUGGGAUAUUGAGUUUUAUGAUGUUUUACAGAAUCGUAUUGGUGGUGGAAAACCUAAGAUGCGUUGGUACUUCAAGGAGCAUGGAUGGCCAACUUCAACAGUCUUUGCGACACCUCCAGAAAGUGAUGCUGAUAGAUCAAAGUUGAUCGAUAUCCUUCAGGACUGGAAAACAGAAAGGUACCAAGAAAUCAUCAAGUCUGGCUCUGUGCCACCAAGACCUGGAGUUUUGAGAUUGAUGGAUGAAGCAAAGGCUUCUGGAAAGAAGCUAGCUGUGUGCUCAGCUGCAACCAAAAGUUCAGUUAUACUUACUCUUGAGAGUCUGAUAGGACUAGAUCGCUUCCAAGGUCUUGACUGCUUUCUUGCAGGUGACGAUGUCAAAGAAAAGAAACCUGAUCCAUCAAUUUACAUAGCCGCUGCUAAGAAACUUGGUUUGUCUGGGGAAGAGUGUCUCGUAGUGGAAGAUAGUGUCAUCGGCCUCCAGGCAGCAACCAAGGCUGGAAUGCCUUGUGUUAUAACUCACACAUCGUCCACAGCUAACCAGGAUUUUACGGACGCAAUUGCAACUUACCCUGACUUGAGUUCUGUAAGAUUGAGUGAUUUGGAGACGCUGCUUCAAAAUGUUGUUGCUGCCACCUAGUAGCUAGCAAUGGAUAAAAGAAAAAGAAAAAGAAAAAGGAGUUUGGGAACUGUGGAUAAAUUGCAAGCUACUAUUGCUUUGUAGAAUUUGUUCAUGAGUUUCAGUUCAUUCUUCAGCUUUGUCUUCGUCCAUAUGAUAUUAUGUGAUCAUGUAAGAUGUAAAAAUCAGAGGGGAGAUAAAAGUUUAAUUUAUAUGUUCCCAUUUUGCUUCUGUUAUUA